AUGGGGAUAUGGCCAUCCUUCGGCCGAGCUCCCCGUGCUACUUGGGUAAUCAAUAAAAUGCAAUCACAUCACUGCAUUGGCAAUGCUGAACUGGGAAAAGUGCCCAGUCGUACGAAAUCUAGAAUAGUUUCCUGGGUAACAAGCCAUUUGCUGACAAUCAACCGAUAUCCAGGAGGACUUUACGAGACGGCUGCAAAGGCCCUCUUGCAGUGGUAUCCCGUGCUAAGGGAUACAAUUGGCACAGGCUGGAUGAGCACAAACACAGACUCAUGGAAAGUGUGUUUUCAAUAUAAGUUGGGAACUGUGAGAAAGACUCUGGACAGAGUGCCUGCUGUACAAGCAGCAAGGGAGAAAUUUGGCAAGCGAAAAAACGUUCAGGACAGUGCGGCUACUAAAAGACAGUGUCGUAAGACUGCAAAUGUCCCGCUAGACACAGAUGUCGAGUUCGACGAAUCCGUCAUAAACGGACAUUUUGACUUCAUGACGAGAGAGAUGAAACGACGUUCUCCUGAUCUAAGGAAGCUCGGAGGUUCUAUGAAAAAGACUCGCUCUUCGAGAAGAAAAUAGAUUAUGGAGACGCAGCCAUGAACAGCUGAUUUACUGAAAAAGUACCCAGCCUUAGCGAAAGCUGAAAUGCUGCACCAGGAGUUCAUUGCCAUCACAGGCGUAGAUUUGGCAUCAAAGUUGCUGGCAUUAAUUAACAAGUACGGGGAGAGAUGCCUCUACCUGGUGAAGUCUCGCUGCUGCGCGAAGGAGACGGUGCACGAGCUGGAAGCAGACCUCGAAAAACUGGAAGAUGCCAGGAAGUAUUGCUUUGCAGUUGGCAUGUUACAGUCAUUACUAAAGGAACAGCCGAGAUUUCCAAAAGACCCUCUUCACUUUUUCGCGUUUUGGGACAUCUACCCUGGACUUCGUCUUGAGAGCUCAAAGGCACACAAGGCCAAAGAUAUAUUUCCCGUGUUUGAAGGCCUGAAUGUGGAGGUCGUCGACAUUACAGCUCAUGUCACAACCGCGAUAGAGAUUUAUUGGAUCUUCAACAUCAAGCACCCAAACCAGAACAAGGACACGUUGGCGCUCCUCGAGCACUUCUGCGGACUUCCACGGGCACCGCAGACACUAUUGGUGAUGCGGGCAAUUUCUGCCAUCGAGAAGGUUUUGAAGGAUGUUGAAUGA